AUGUGCGACGAUGAUCUAGCAACGAUUGUGAUUGACAAUGGCAGUGCAUACUCGACGGCUGGUUUAGCCGGUGAUGAUGCACCACGAUCAGUGAUUCCAUCGAUUAUUGGUCGACCGCGUUAUCAAAAUUCAAUGAUUGAGAUAGGAGAAAAUGAGUUUUAUGUUGGUGAUGCAGCGCUUUCCAAACGUCCAAUUCCAUCUUUUAAAUAUCCUAUUGAACAUGGUCUUGUUACGAAUUGGGAAGAUAUGGAAAAGAUUUGGUUUCAUAUAUUUAAUCAUGAGCUUCAGGUUUCUCCUGAAGAACGUCCUGUUCUCCUCACAGAAACAUCACUUCCUCCAAAAGCGCAUCGAGAAAAAAUGGCUCAAAUCAUGUUUGAAACAUUUCAUGCGAAAGGGUUUUACGUUCAUAAUCAAGCAGUAUUGGCACUCUAUGCAAAUGGUCGAACAACUGGUAUUGUUCUUGAUUCAGGCGAUGGAGUGACACAUGUUGUACCAAUUUAUGAAGGUUAUUCGAUGCCGCUCUAUAUCCAUCGAUCCAAUAUAGCUGGACGAGUUUUAACGAAUUAUUUAAUGACACUAUUGAACGAACGUGGUCACUAUUUUGUAACACCAUUUGAACAUCAUCUUGUUGACGAUAUGAAAGAAAAACUCGCUUAUGUUUCAUUCAAUUUUCAACAGGACAUGGAUACAGCUCAAUUAGCGUCUUCAAUUGAGAAACACUAUGAAUUACCCGACGGACAAAUUGUUACUCUAGGAAAUGAACGAUUUCGAUGUGCUGAAGUUUUAUUUCAACCGAAUAUUCUUGAAAUCGGAUACGAAAGUCUUGGUAUUCAUCGAAUGGUCCAUAACACUAUUCUGAAAUGUGAUAUUAACAUUCGUAGUAGUUUAUAUUCGAAUAUCAUUCUUUGCGGUGGUUCAACGAUGUUUCCUGGUAUUGUUGAGCGUCUGAAAAAGGAAAUGGGAGCGUUGGCACCCUCAACAAUAGAAACGAAAAUCAUUGCACCACCAGAAAGAAAGUAUUCGACAUGGAUUGGUGGUUCGAUUCUAGCGUCGUUGUCAACCUUCCGACAAAUGUGGAUAUCGAAACAAGAAUUCGAAGAAUCAGGCCCAUCAAUUUCAGUGAUUCUGGAAUGUAAUUUUGAAAAUCCUUGUAAUGAUUUGGUAUUUGAUCGUAAUUGGGGUAUGACAGAUGGUCUUCAUCCACAUCCAAUCGAUCAUGAUCAUACAUUGAAUACAAGUUCAGGUCAUUAUUUGUUUUUCAAUUCUCCGAAUUCAACGAAAUUUCCAAUAUCGGAAAUCAAAACCGAUGAAUGGCUACAAUUCUUCGAUAAUGAAUCGGUGUGCUUUCAAUUCUGGUAUUAUACAUCAUCCCUACAUUUUCCUUUUAAUAUUCAAUUAAUUCAAGGUGACGAUGAACAACUAAAUCGUGUUUUAGCUGAAAUUCCCGGUAAAGAUCCAUCGAUAGAUGAUUGGACAAGAAUCAAAAUAAAAUUACCGGCUGAAAGAUUUAAAAUCUUCGUUCGAUUAAAUCACACAAAUGGAAUGCUCGCUUUGGAUGAUUUUUUAGUUGAUUAUUGUGAUGAACCACGUCCACCACCAUCCAAAACAUUGUUUUCUUGUGAUUUUGAGUCAUCUUGUACCGAACAGCUGGUAUCUCUAUCAAAUUAUCCAUACCAAUGGUCAGUUGUUCAAGCAAAAGAUGGAAAACAAAAAGAGCGUGACGCACCGGCUGUUGAUUAUACAUUUGCCAAUGAAUCAGGACAUUAUAUUUGGUUAAACAAUUAUGAUUUGAUUGAUAAAGGUCGAGUUGGGUAUCUAGCGAUGCGAAAUUCUAUUGAUAUCAAUGGAAAUGAAUCAUUUUGUUUGAAUUUUUAUUAUUAUUUGUAUGGACGGGCAAGAUCAAGUCAUCUUUUUAUUUAUUCGUGGACAAACGAUACGUCAAAUGAAAUACAAAUGAUUUGGCCAAAUCAAAAUUCGCAAUCUUUUACAUAUAUCAAGGACCGCUGGAGUUGGGCAAUUGUCAAUUUACCAGUUGGUAUUUACACAAUUAUGUUUCGAAUGGAUAGUGAUGAUAUCAUACAGAGUUCAUUUGCUUUGGAUAAUAUUCAAAUAAGUUCGUGUUCUUAUCCUCCGAGAGAACUUUCGUCAUACGAUUCAACUUUAUCUUUUUCGUGCGAUUUUGAUGACUUAACAAUGUGUAACAUGGAAAACACAGAUGAUUUCACUUCACCUUCAUUUAAUUUUACUGUUGAGACUGGGGAAACAAUACUGAGAAAAGAUUUAGGACCUAUUUAUGAUCAUACAAGAAAUUCGUCUACUGGCGGUUUUAUUUAUUGGAAUCAACAAUUACCGUUUCGGUCAGGUGAUACAGGUUUCAUUCGUCCUUGGAAAAAAAUUGAACAAAACUAUGGAAUGUGUAUCCAAUUUGCUUACUACGUUAAAUCAUCAGCAAUGAAUAAAAAUGGAACACAAUUAAUAUUGCGAGCAGGUGGAUGUUAUGGGAAAGAGAUGUGGAUUCAAUUGUUAGAUGACAGCUUCGGAUGGAAAAUUGUCAAAAUACCUGUGGAAAGAUUUGCUUGCAUGGAAAAUUUCUAUUUUCGUGUUAGACAGAUCGAACCAGUUCAAGUUUCAAUUGCGUUUGAUGAUAUUCAAAUUGAGCAAUGUUCUUCAUUCGAUCCAACAACAACAACAACAACCACACCAUCUACUACAGCAACAACAACAACAACAACCACACCAUCUACUACAGGAACAACAACAACAACAACCACACCAUCUACUACAGCAACAACAACAACAAUGAUGACGACGACGGCGAUUACACAAAUUACAACAACAAGUGUCACCACGACCACUUCAGCAACUCAAACUACGUCAUUAUCAUCGACUUCUAGUGAAACAACAACACCGACAAGCAAUGCACUACAAUUAGUAUCGAUACAAAAUAUUUACUUGGUCAGUUUAUGCAUUUUCCAAAUAAUGUCUCAAUUCUUCUGA